AUGCGACUCUCCACCUCUACUCUCCCCGCAGUCCUCACGACGCUCAUCUCCACAACCUCCGCCCAUGGCCGUAUAACAAACAUUACAACCUCAUCCGGCACCGUCUACCCCGGCUGGGACCCUGCUACCCCCCAAUCCCUCCUCGCAACGCCGCUCGCCGCAUGGCGCGCCUCCAACCUCGGAAACAUUUUCGUCAAGCCCUCACAGUUCAAUACUUCAGACAUAAUAUGCCACUACAACGCCACUCCGGGAGCUCUCCACAUCCCCACCACCGCAGGCUCCACGCUCAAAGUCCAAUGGAACGAAUGGCCUGUUUCGCACAAAGGACCCGUCUUGACGUACCUAGCAGACUGUGCUGGGAGCUGUGUGGAUGUGGAUAAGGAGAAGUUAGAAUGGGUCAAGAUUGAUGAGGUGGGUUGGCUAAACAGUUCGGGGGUGGAUGUUGUGCCUCUUGGGGGAACGUGGGGGAGCGAUGUGCUUAUUGCGAAUAAGGCAAGUUGGAUGGUGAAGAUCCCGGAGAGUUUGAAUGAAGGAAACUAUGUGUUGAGGCAUGAAAUUAUUGCGUUGCAUGUGGCGGAGCAGGUGAAUGGGGCGCAGGCGUACCCGCAGUGUGUCAAUCUGAAGGUUGCGAGCAGUGGGAGCAGGGAUGUAAAGAAGCUAGAGGGCGGGGUCGUCGGAGAGAAUUUGUAUGGGAUAAGGGAUAAGGGCGUGCUGGUGGACAUUCAUGGGAAUGUUACGAGCUAUGAGAUUCCUGGGCCAAUGGUCUGGGAAUUCGCGACGCGAUUCGAGCAGCCAAAUGAGUAG